AUGGAGAGGAUAAACAUUCCGGCGGAGUUGGUAGAGGAGAUACUCUCUAGGGUUUCGGCUAAAUCUCUAGCACGAUUCCGGUCCACAUGCAAAGGUUGGAGAGCUUUAUUGAAAAGUGGGAGCUUUGCUGAGAGGCAGUCUUCUAAAGCACCAAAGGAGUCUCUGAUUAUUAUGUUGAUGGAUUUUAGGGUUUACUUAGUGAGGAUCAAUCUUGAUGGAAUUCACAACAACCUUGCACCGACUUUUAAGUAUCAACUAUACUUUGAAGAUCCCCUUUUUGACUCUUUACAAGUCGAUAUACGUAGGGUUUUUCACUGUGACGGCUUAUUGCUAUGCACCACUAGAGACAAUAGGCUUGUGGUUUGGAAUCCAUGUUUAGGAGAAACCAAGUGGAUUAAACCCACUAAUAGCUACGACUACUCCGAUAACUAUGCUCUCGGUUACGAAAACCAAUCUUCCUGCAAGAAACACAAAAUAUUGAUGAUGUAUCCUGGAUGCCAUUAUUACCAUUCAGGUAUCUACGAUGUGUUCGAACUCUAUGACUUUGCCUCUGAUUCUUGGAAGGAACUUGAUGUGCCUACUAAAUGGCGCUUACGAUAUAGUUCGUAUGAUCAAGAUGGCAUGUCUCUUAAGGGAAAUACUUAUUGGCUUGCUAAUGAUUAUACUAAUGAUUUCUUACUACGUUUUGACUUUUCAUUAGAGAUAUUUUCAAGUAUAGCUCUUCCUCAUUGUUUUCCAUUUAUGGUUAAGGAAAUAUCGGUGGUUAGAGAAGAUCAGCUUUUUCUGUUAACUACGGAUUCCGUGAAUCCAGCAGAUUCACAUGUAUGGGUGGCAACUAGCACCGGGUCAGACAUGUCAUGGAGCAAGUUCCAAACAUUGAAAGCCAAUCUUGAGGGUUAUAACUCUGGGCUGAGUUUUUUGCCAGAGGAGCAGUACAAAUUUCUUCUAGUGUGCUACAAUGACUACUCGAGCGACAACAAAAUAUUACACAUUGUAGGAGAAAAUGAACACAUACGAGUGGAUCUUGGUGGAAGAAACUCUAAAUGCAUAUUCUCAGUUCUCAAUUAUGUUCCAAGUUUAGCUCAAAUCCAACAAGCAAAAGGAAGGCACCAAGGACGUGACUUGUAA